CUCUUCUUCCAAAACUUCUAUAAAUUUAUAUAAUUUUACCCGUGAAAAAGGAAUAUGACCAGUUUCUGUGAAAAAAUUCCCGUUACAUAUUCAGCUAUCUCUCUCGGGCACCUGAAUCUGUGCUGCGGUUUAUAGAUACGAUCAUCGAGUAAAGUUUUGCAGUAGUUGAUAUGGUUGUGGAGGCCUCUGAUGUGAGUUUUCUAGUCUAGUUGGCUAAGUUUACUUCAAAGGCGGCUUCAAGAGGUGCAAAAUAAUCAUGUGGACAAAUGUGUUCAAAAUCGGUGGUUUGCAUCAGAUAUCGUGGUUCCAAUUUCUUCCACAGGAAUCUGAUUUCAACUCUCUUCCUGAUACGAGUGCCAAUGUGGACAUGAAAGAUGCUAUGACAAUGCUGGUGCUUUCUUCACAUUUGCAAUUGCAAAAGGAAGGAUUUCUCAGCGCAUGGACAAAUUCUUUUGUUGGACCCUGGGACCCAUCUCAGGGCCAGCACAACCCUGAUGAGAAGAUAAAGCUCUGGCUAUUCCUCCCUGGUCAACAUUCCUCUGUUGUUGAGAAAGCUCAGCCUGCUCUAUCUAGGUUAAGAGUUCUUGCAUCUGGACUUUGGGUGGCACCUGGUGACUCAGAAGAAGUUGCAGUAGCCCUAUCCCAAGCCCUACGGAACUGUAUAGAAAGAGCUCUCAAAGGUCUUUCAUAUAUGAGAUUUGGUGAUGUAUUUUCAAAAUACCAUCCAUUUACACGGAGUGAAGAGCUGUUCAGGAAGGGUCAGCCUGUGGUUGAGUUCGUUUUUGCUGUCACUGAAGAGGCAAUUUUUGUGCAUGCCAUUGUAUCUGCCAAGCAUGUUCGAGCACUUUCAAGCGGUGAUGUUGAAAGAAUCUUGGGUCAUUCUUUUAAGCGCUUCGACAAUAGAACUCCAGUUAUUGUCUCACCUCAUGGAAUGUGUGGGAAGCUUACAGGAUGCUGUCCAAGCGACCUUGUGAAGCAAGUGUAUCUGAGCUCUGGCAAAUCUAGAGGUUCAAAUGGAAUUGUAGGUCUACCUUACCAAGUUUCUCCGGGUUCUGGUUAUCAACUGAGGGGACAAUACUGCUAUGUUGAAGUUACCCUUGGCUGCUCAGACAAGACAUCACAACCAAACAUGCGGCAUAAAAACUCACCUCAGCCUCAUAAUUUUGAAACCCCUGCAAUGUCGAAAGUUACUCCUAAGGGGACAUCAGAUCAGUUUCCAGCUAGUGAAAGAAUGUUUAUUUAUCCAGCAGAGUCUGUCCUUGUACCAGUUAUGCAGACUUCUUUUGCUAGGUCAUCUUUAAAGAGAUUCUGGCUGCAAAACUGGGUCAGUUCACCGUUGUCUGGUUCAUCCCUUUUUAUGCCUUGUUUUGAUUUUGGAAGUGAUGGCAAGGCAGAUUCAAAAGAUGGAUCUUCACUUGAACCAAGUGGCACUCACUCUCAGCAUGGAUAUCGUAGCAGCAGCAACAGUAAUAGCAGUAGUAUUUGCAGCGUAAGUAGCUCCUCCACUGACAGUGAUAACAAGGUCUCAGGAGCUGGUGAUCUCGAGGCAGAUGCCGAUUCCUUAAUGUGUAGACAGUCUGGAUUGUCUUCCAUCGACCAAUCGCUGAAUGAUGGCCUCAAAUUGGGUUCUAAGCGCCCACGAGCAGGGACAUCACAGUCAUUUGGUCAUGCUGGUAUGAUUAUAAAUCCUCCUGCUAGUGAUUAUGGUUCCAUAGAAGUCAACAAUUCAUCCAUUGCUGGAGUUGCAAACGAGGAAGUUGGAUCUCGUUGGGGUUGGGAUGACGACGACAAAGGCAUGUGCAUGGAUAUUCAAGCGCUGCUCACAGAGUUUGGUGAUUUUGGUGACUUCUUUGAGAAUGAUGCAUUGCCUUUUGGAGAGCCUCCAGGAACUGCAGAGUCUCAAGCUCUCAAGUUUUCUGCACCUGAGUGUGACAUAGGUAGCAGUCCCGGACCCUCGAUGAUGGAUGUGUCUGAUCAGAUGCUUCUGCAUGUAGAUUUUCCAUCCUUUGAUAACUUUACACCCCUACCACCUCCUGCUGCCAUGGAAGAUUCAGCAAGCAAAAAUCAAGAAGCUUCAAAAAACGCUUCAGCCUCUGCUCCUAUGAACUACACUCCACCAUCUUCUGGUGGUGAGUUUGAUCAUCUAAUAAAAUCUGAAGCGCUAAUGACAUUUGCACCUGAAUAUGGGGCAGUUGAAACCCCUAGAGCUGAGAUCUCCUCAUCGAUUUUCAGAAGUCCAUACAUUCCAAAAUAUUGCAAAGUGGAUACUGCUUCAAGUUCAAACAACUAUGUAUACUCUGCAACACCACCUUCUUCUCCCUGCUUUGAUGGGUUUGAGGAAAAGUCUCUGUUGGCUGUAAAAAAGAAAGCAUGCACAGAAAGGCAUGACACAAGUGCUCUUCUCAAAUUAAAGAAUCAUUACACUCUUGUUGAAAGAGGAAAAGAGCCAAAUGGUGGAAGGUUGCUUGGCCGUAACAAAAGCAUUGCCAAAGGCGAGACAGGAGUUGCAUCAUCUCAAUUUUCUGUUUUGCAUCCAACUGAUGUUGUCAAAUCUGUUUCCGAUAAAGUGAAGGAAGGUCCCUCCAGAGAAGAUAAUUUUCGUCCAUCUUCCAAAACUGUCCUUGCAACAGAAAUUGAAUGCCUUGCUUGUCAGUCUUCUAUGUGCAGGCUACGGCACACACUAUUAUCUUCUAGCAACACUUUGACUAAUGGUUUUAGUGGGUCUUCUGGAGCUAGCAUUCUGAAUCAGCCGUAUGCUGAUCCAAGCAUCAUGAUGGACAAUAUUUCGAGCAAGUCUGAGGUGAAAAAGAAAGAAAUGAUACCCGUUAGGAUAGCUGGUGAUUUAGAUAGAGAUAUGCCAGAUGGCCCCUUGAAUGCCCCUCUUGGUGUCUGGCGUUCUGUUGGAGUUUCUAAAGCUACAAAAACAAAUGCCCAGAGCAUGGAAAUUGGACCAUCUUUACCUCACAAUUCAUUUAUUGAAGAAAGCAUGCUUUCUUAUGGAGUAAGGCAACCGCUUCAGGAACUUCUUGAUGGCAUUGCAUUACUUGUUCAGCAAGCUACUUCAUUUGUUGAUGUGGCUUUGGAUGCUGACUGUGGCGAUGGUCCUUAUGGUUGGCUUGUAUUGCAAGAGCAGUGGAGGCGCGGAUUUUCCUGUGGACCCUCUAUGGUCCAUGCUGGAUGUGGAGGUAUUUUGGCUUCUUGCCAUUCGCUGGAUAUUGCUGGGAUGGAGCUUGUUGAUCCACUCUCAAUUGAUGUUCAGGCAUCAUUAACCAUGACUUUGCUUCAGUCAGACAUCAAAACAGCUCUAAAAACUGCAUUUAGCAGCAUAGAUGGUCCUCUACUUGUUACUGAUUGGUGCAGAGGCCGCAGUCAAUCCGGUGAUGGAAUAAUGGGCGAUGGAUUUUCUGCAGAAUCAACUGCAAGUGCUAGCGAAUGUCGAGAUUCUUCUAGUACUGUAACACUAUCGGUUGGAGAGUCCAUGAGCCCAUCUCUGUCCUCAGCUGAUGGAUUAUCUUGCCUAAAAGAUGGAACCAGAGGGGACGAGGUAAGUGAAAGGCGGCUGAACCAGGACCCUUGUGCAUCAGAGUCAGAUCAGCAACCAGGCUCACGGCUGCGGCCCACAAUUUCUGUAGUUCCUUUUCCUUCCAUACUUGUUGGGUAUCAAGAUGAUUGGCUCAAGACCUCGCCCAGCUCUCUACAACUCUGGGAAAAGGCUCCUUUUGAACCAUACGCGACUCCGAAACAUAUGACUUACUGUGUUGUCUGUCCAAAUAUUGAUCCACUCACAACUGCUGCUGCUGAUUUUUUCCAGCAACUCGGGACUGUUUAUGAGACAUGCAAGCUGGGAACACAUUCACCACAAAGCCUUGGAAAUGAGAUGGAGUUAGAUUCUGGGAAGAUUUCUCCUUCAGGUUUUGUGCUGCUAGAUAGUCCUCAAUCCAUGAAGAUAGAUAGCAGCAAUGCAUCUAUGUUGGGAUCUAUCAGUGAUUACUUUCUCUGCUUAUCCAAUGGCUGGGAUAUGACUAGCUUUUUGAAGACUCUUUCAAAGGUUCUCAAAACUUUGAAACUUGGUUCGUGCAUGACUACUAAUGCGAAGGAAGGAAAUACUGGCCCAUGCACUGUGAUCUAUGUGGUGUGUCCCUUCCCAGAGCCUCUUGCUGUUCUACAGACAGUUGUUGAAUCUUCCAUUGCUGUUGGAUCAGUCCUUAGAUCUUCCGAUAAAGAGCGAAGAUCUGUGGUGCACAAUCAAGUUGCGAAGGCCUUAAGUUACUCAGCAGCUGUGGACGAAUCAUUUUCAAAUGUUCUAACCCUAACAGGGUUUAGCGUGCCUAAGUUGGUAUUGCAGGUUGUGACAGUUGAUGCCAUUUUCAGGGUCACAAGUCCCAGUCUUUCUGAGCUUGUCACUCUGAAGGAAAUUGCUUUCACUGUUUACAAUAAAGCUAGGCGAAUUUCACGAUCAGCCUCUGGUGACACAAUUCCAUCAUCCACAUCAGGGAGAUCUCAUUCUGUCUUGAUGCAAAUGACUUCACCUGUUCCAGGAAUGUGGAAAGACUAUGUUGGUCCUCGAAAUGUGGGACCUCCUCACCGAAGAGGGAGUGAACUUGAUGCUACCUUGAGGCCAGGUACUUGGGAUAACUCUUGGCAAACAUCAAGAGGUGGUGGAGUUGGAUGUGACCCAAGCAGAACUGCAGAUGUAUAUCCUCAAGAUGAGAUCCGUUGUUUGUUUGAGCCUCUUUUUAUACUUGCUGAACCUGGAUCCUUAGAGCACGGACUUUCACCUUUCUUUGGUAAUGUAGCUUCUGAGUCUUCAAAGCUUUUAUCUGAUGAUUGUGGAAGUACUAGCUUUAUGCAUAGUUCAGCUUCUUCAGGAUGUGGAGAUGCUGGUCCUAAUGCACAACCUGAUGCACUGGAUCCAGAUGCAUUUGGAUCUGGCCAUCAAAAGACACUCCCAAGCCUGCAUUGCUGCUAUGGAUGGACUGAGGAUUGGCGUUGGUUGGUGUGCAUUUGGACGGAUUCGAGGGGCGAAUUGCUUGACAGCUAUGUGUACCCCUUCGGAGGAGUCAGCAGUCGGCAAGACACAAAGGGUCUUCAGUCCCUUCUUAUCCAAAUCCUGCAACAGGGCUGUCAAAUACUUCAGGCUUGUUCUCCAGAUGGUGGUAUUGCAAAGCCUAGAGAUUUUGUAAUAACAAGAAUUGGAUGCUUCUUCGAGCUUGAGUGCCAGGAGUGGCAAAAAGCUCUGUACGCAAUUGGGGGAUCCGAGGUGAAAAAGUGGUCUCUGCAGCUACGACGAUCCCUUCCUGAUAAUGGGAUGCCAGCUAGUAGCAAUGGAACCCCGUUGCAGCAGCAAGAUGUAAGCUUAAUGCAAGAGAGAACACUUCCCUCCUCAGAAAGUCCAUUGUAUGGUGCUCACUCAAAGGCAUCUGUUUUUGGGAAAGGUGGUAUGGGACAACCCUCCUCGAGAAAGCAGUUAGUGGGUGGACAUCCAGCGGUGGACAAUUCAAGGGGCUUGCUGCAAUGGGUGCAAAGCAUUAGUUUCGUCUCAGUUUCAAUUGAUCAUUCCUUGCAGCCAAUGUUUCAUGCAGAUUCAUCUUCUGGGGCAAUUCAAGGCAGUGGUCCGCCUGGCUAUCUUGAAGGUUACACUCCUGUUAAAUCCCUUGGUACGACCUCUGCAUCCUACAUCUUAAUCCCUUCAAGGAGCAUGCGUUUUCUCCCUCCCGCAAUUCUUCAGCUCCCUACAUGUCUCACUGCCGAAUCCCCACCACUUGCCCAUCUUCUACACAGCAAAGGUUCUGCAGUUCCCCUGUCCACAGGGUUUGUAGUUUCAAAGGCUGUACCAUCGAUGAGAAAGGAUUCUAGGAACCCGUCAAAAGAAGAAUGGCCUUCAGCUCUUUCUGUCACUUUAGUCGAUUAUUAUGGAGGUAAUAACAUCACCCAAGAAAAAGUGGGGAAGGGUUCUGUCAAACCGUCAGGAAGGGGUUCGAGCUCUGAUGCCAAAGAGUUCGAGGUAGAGACUCGUCUAAUUCUUGAAUCUAUAGCAGCAGAACUUCACGCGUUAUCAUGGAUGACUGUAAGUCCAGCUUACUUGGAAAGAAGAUCAGCUUUGCCUUUCCAUUGUGAUAUGGUUUUACGACUGAGAAGGCUUCUACAUUUCGCUGAUAAAGAACUAUCUCGGCUUCCAGAGAAGGCACAACCGUAAACCUUCAAACAUGCAAUACAUGCUUAAAUCUCGGAUGUGCUCCGUCAGUUCAACUUACAAUGUAUAAUUUAGUCCUAGGUCGUCAUUUACAUUUAGUCAGUCCUGCUGGAUGUUGUCCACCCACCUAUAGUACUAGAGUUUAUUAUGUUUACUUUUGAAAUCAGGAAUAGAUACAGACAGGAUAGUAUUGACAAGAGAUCCCAUAACAAACUGUGUAGAUAAUGUGUACACACAAUCAAAUUUCAAUUUCGAUUUCCCCUCGCAAGCCAUUAAUAUUCAAUACAGGUUUCACCAUUGCCUUC